AUGGCCAUACGAAGUGCCCUUAGUAAGGUCAGUGACCUGGCCUCUAGUCAUCUAAAUAUUCACUCGGACGCGGAGCCCCAGGCCAUAUCAAUUUAUCACCUGAUAAACACACCAAAUGCUAUAAGAGAGUCAAAGGGGAUUUUCAUACCGGCAUAUCUAUAUUGUUUUCAUCCAACUGGACCAAAAGAGAGCGUCUCCCGAUAUUACACUAUCGAGCAUCGCCAUUCUGAUAUUGCGAUAGAAGAUUGUGCAGAUAAUACCUGUGUGCUUGAUAUCGAGGAAAUACUUUUAUGGAGGAACUGGCGCGUUUCUUACGGACGGCUCACUGGCAACAGACGGGUCACAAUACAUAUUUCUGUGAUGAUCCCAGAUUAG